AUGGUGGUCAACAAUCCAAACAACUGGCACUGGGUGAACAAAAACUGUCUUCCAUGGUCCAAAGACUAUUUCGAAGAAAAUCUCCAAGAUCUCGAAUUAGACAACGAAGAAUAUCUCAUCACUAUUACAAGCACUGCUGUUUCUGGGGACUGUGACGUUACACAACGUAAAGGGAAAGUGUUAUGUAUUUACGAUAUGGUUUUGACUUUUGAUAUUGAAGGGAAAGACAAAGCAAAAGAAUCUGAAUUUAAAGGGACCAUAAAGAUCCCAGAGUUCAUUCACGAUGAAACAGAUUAUGAUUAUCAAUUGUCCAACUUUGGAGAUCAUAAAGCUCACGUUAGAAAAACUUUUGUGCCUUUGAUUCACGCAAAAUUGUUGAAGUUCCAAAGUGAUUUGAUUGAUUCACAUUCAAAAGAUGUUCAAGAGUAG